AUGAACUUUGAGACCUGCUGCCUACCUCCGCCGCGGGGGAACGCGUUCUGCUGGGAAGGUGGUUUCACAUACGAACGCUGCUGCCGCAGGGACCCAAACCAGCCAGUGGAUAUCAACAAGGUGGCAGAGAUCUCUGAACUUGGUGGCUGCGAGCUGAACAUCUUCCAGGAGUUCAAGGAACGUGCAGGUGAAUGGUAUCGCAAUUCCGUGCCGAACUUGGUGCUCUUCCAGGAGUUCGGCUACAUUUCUCGACGAUUUGCUCUCACGGCCUUGCUCCUCAAGCUGGAGUCCAUCUACUUCGAGGAGGCGGUGGCCAACGGCGACUUGCUGCAAAGCCAUCACAUCAACGGGUGGCCUCUGGUAGAAGGCCUGAGGCGUGUGAACGCUCUGAGGGCCAGUCGAGUGACGGGGCCAGAAACCAGGGCGCCUGUGGUGGACAUUGUUCUGUGCUAUUGCGGCAGGGAUGAGCGGAUCGACUGGCUCCGCGGCUUCCACAAACUUCCAUGGCGAAAUGAGAACCGUUCGGCGGCUACUGUGGCCGGAGUUGCAUUGAGGUUCUACCACAAGUGCGGUGGCAGCGAUCAGGAGCGUGAGGAAGAGACCCAUCGACUACUUGACGAAUGGUCCAGCUACUUCCACACAGUGGAGGUUCGAUACGUUGAUGAUCAAGUGCGAGCGGAUGACUGCUCAGCGUAUCUGGCCUAUGUGGUGGACCGCUACGACAGUCUGCCAGAGUUUGCAGUCUUCCUUCAUGCGGAUGCACCGGAGCACAUCCCAAGCGUGGACUUGUUGAUGGAUUCCGUCUUUGCGGCCUCCCGGGGCUUCCUACCACAAGAUGCUGGCUUCGUACAUUUGGCCCACAACUAUGUGCGCCAUGACUGCCCAGGUGACACCAGUGGAUGCUUGGACCCAGAUGCUCCUGAAGUUGCGCGGCUGUGGAGGAGAGUCUUCCACUCGUCCAUCACGCCCGCUCGAAUCGAGGGACACUUGAACGGGUACUGCUGCGUGCAGUUCUUGGUGCGACGCGAACGCAUUCAUCUGCGGCCGAAAAAGUUCUACGCAUUGAUCCCGGCACGCCAGAACGCAUGGCUUACUGGGGGUUAG